AUGUCUUUAAACGUUGCUCGGUUCAACAAGGAUAAUUUACUGGACGAUUCAGAAGAUGAGUUUGGAGAGAUUUUGCUAUAUUUUGCUUCCGAGGAAUAUAAUCAAUUAUAUCUAUCUAAGCAACCUUGUAGAAAUUUAGCUCUUUCAGGCCAUGAAUACGUUAUGGAAGUGUUGCACGGGCAUUGGAGUAGGUGUUAUGAUUUGUUCAGAAUGAACGAAGAUGUCUUCAAACUAUUUUGUGGUGUUAUAAAAGAAAUUUUUUUAUUGAAGAACUCACGAUAUCUGUCUGUUGAAGAACAAGUGGCUAUCUUCUUAUUUGUGAUUGGCCAUAAUGAACGACAUUGUGUGGUUCCUGAACGAUUUCAGCACUCCAUCUCAACCACAUCUCAUUAUUUUAGGAAGGUUUUGAAGGCAAUAUGUCGUCUAUCCAAAGAACUAAUUACUCCACCUUCAUUUGAUGUAACUCCUCCACAAAUUCGAUUCGAUCCAAGAUACUAUCCAUUUUUUAAGAAUUGUGUUGGAGCUAUAGAUGGGACUCAUAUUUCUGCGCAUGUUCCAAUUGAUGAACAAAUACCAUAUAGAAGUCGAAAAGUGGAUACAACUCAGAACGUUAUGUGUGGAUGUUCAUUUGACAUGAAGUUCACAUACGUUGUCCCUGGAUGGGAAGGAUCAGCUAAUGAUGCACAAUGCCGCCCCAAGGUAAGAAAAUAUUAUCUUGUUGAUUCUGGCUAUACAAACAUGCUUGGUUUUCUUUCGCCAUACCAAGGGGAAAGGUAUCAUUUGGGCUUGUACACAGAUCUUAAUCCCAUAGGAAAAAAAGAGCUUUUCAAUUAUCGACACUCUUCCUUGAGAAAUGUCAUUGAGCGGUGUUUCGGCGUGUUGAAGGCCCGUUUUCCAAUCCAAAAGCAAAUGCCUUCAUAUGAUCUAAGAAUACAAAAGUACAUUGUCAUUACUUGUUGUGGGAUUCAUAAUUUUAUAAGGACAAAUGUAGAAGCAGAUGUAUAUUUUGAUGGAGGUGAAGGAAAUUCUGAAGUACAGACCACUACUUUACAAAACACGGAUGAAACUUUGACUGAUAGUGUAGAGUUCAGUAUUUCUAGAACUCAUAUACGUGAAAUGGCUCAUGUUCGUAAUGAAAUUGCUGACCAUAUAUGGAGAGCUAGUCGACGAUAG